AUGGACUCGAAAGAUGACUCUGUCACAAAAUCUGAGCCAGAGAUCUUAGUCCCACCAGACAUUGCUAGCUUCCGCUUUGUUACCGAGUAAGAUUUUGCUUGCUAGUGGGCUUAAUUUUUUUUAAAAAAUUGUAGUUAUUUGAAACGUAAAAUCUUGCUCAUAUAGCUUAUCUAAUUUUUUCCGAGCUGGAAUUUCAUUAUUAUGUGUUCAAAUUAUUAUUUUUUCUAUAUAAAUUGUUAUAUUAUAAUACCAUAUUCUCUGCUAGCUUAAAAAAAUUAUUUUCUCAAAUAUAAGUUUUGCUUUGUUUUUAAGGAGGGAAUAAAGAAAUUUUAGCAGAAAGUUUUGAAGUUGAGGACGGCGAAAGUAUAGAGGUUGACAGCUAUGAAUUCCCUUAUGGAAAAAUUAUUCUUACUAUUUCAUUGAGUAUAGCAGUCGUUUCAUUAAUUAUUAUAGGCAUUGUAGCACAAGCCAAAGCAAAAUUUAUAGCAGAAGGUCUCCCUUACUGAAUAAUUGCGGGUAUUUUAUCAAUUCCAUUAGUUUUUUAUUUCUUUAUUCUCCAUUAAGCAAGAUUUUACUAACUCCCCCCCCCCCCCUCCGUGAGCGAACAAAACCAUUAGAAAAAUCGCCAUUUUUUGACCAAAAACCCACCCUCCGUGAGUGAACAAAAAUUUUUUUAAUAGAAAAAAUUUUAAUGGAAAAAAAUUUUGAUAUAUAAGUGAUAAUUAGUAUAAUGAAAUCUAGAGCUAAUUCUGUUUAAUUUUAAACAAAUUGCGUUUUUUAAAACAUAAAUUUUGCAAAUUAAAUUAAUAUUUGCUUCCCAAUUUUUGCAAAUUAGGAUUUUUUUAAAUUUCGAAAAAAAAAUAUUUUUUAUAAAAUUUAUAUAUAAAUUUUUUUUUAAAAAAAAAAAUUAACCCCCCUCCGUGAGCGAACAAAAUUUUUUUGUUCGCUCACGGAGGGGGGGGGGGAGUAAUAUAUUAUAAUUAAACUCCUUUUUCUAUAAUAAAUAAAAAUUUGAGCAUAAAUAUUUGCAUAAAUUCAGUCUAUGCUUUAUAACUUAUUCAGAGCAUAUAACGCACAUCCUCUGGAAAGAAAAAGAAUUUUGAACGAAAUCCCUGACAUAUAA